AUGAAUUCUCCGCGCCGAAGUCGAAACCGUGCGGCAUGUCGGCGUUGUCAAAGACGAAAGAUUCGGUGCAACGGUGAUCGACCCCAGUGCUCAGCAUGCAAGAAGGCAAAUGUGGCCUGUGUUAAUGACGAGAAACAACAGGUGAACCGCACUUAUAUUGCAAACCUGCAAAGGCGAGUGGAAUGGCUUGAGUCAUUGGUCAAAGAGCAGACCGAUGUAUGCCUAGAAGAUGGACCUCCCCUGGUCCAAGAUGAAAUGCACCAAACACACUCCCAAGGGAACUACAUUGAAUCGGCUCUUUCAUUGCAACAGGAGCAUUCUGCCAGGAUAUCUGCGGACUCUCACCCACCUGAGCAGUCAAGACAAGCGCAUGAAAUCGGGUUGGUAUCCCUUUCCGCUGGUGGUGAGCCGAGAUACAUCGGUCCUUCGAGUGGAUAUUUUCUAGCAAAUCUCGUUUUCUCAAGUACGGGACGGCGAAACAAGCCUUCAAAGGGCCACAGUACUGGCAAUGAGCCAUUAUCACUAUCAAGUGAGCUCUUUGACAGCCCCACGUCACUACCGACUCGCAAAGAAGAUGCGAUCGAAUUGUCCGCCAAAUACUUCUCUUUUAUACACGUCAUGUACCCAUUCCUCCACGAACCUUCUCACAUGCAGCGGGUAGAGAAGAUGUAUUCCACAGAAGGGACUUUCGACCCGAUAGCCGCCUUUCAUGUCAAUAUGGUACUGGCUAUCGCGGCCUCGGACCUUUCCCGACGUUUUCGUAUUCGACUGCCUGCCGAGGGUUACUACACUGCAGCUACACAGUACUUCGAAAAGGCCUGUGCAGAAGGGUCUCUCGAUGGUCUUCAGAGUUUACUUCUUCUCAUGGUUUAUGCACUGCAUAAUCCUUCGUGCGGAGUGAACAUCUGGAGUCUGAAUUACCAGUGCCUGGGCGCGCUUAUUGAUUUAGGCCUACAGCGCGAUGUACGUACAUCGUCCGCGUUUCAAAUUUCAUUUUUACAGCAAGAAAUGAGAACCCGGAUCUUCUGGGUAGUUUACAUUUUUGAUCGCACGUUGGGUACCAUGAUGGGCCGACCGAUUGGAGUUCGUGACGAGGCAUGCGAGUUGCGACUCCCAUCAGAUAUCUCCGAUAAAGACCUUGCCCAGUCCGCAGCCGAGGAAACCGCUCUGGGGACGCCAUCUCAUAUGACAUACUCUAUUCAUCUAUUCCAAUUAUCACGCAUCAAUUCCGAAAUCAAAUAUGUCAUGCAUAGUAUCUGCAGGGACGCUCCUACCUACGCCUACCCUCCUGUCACCAACAUUCAUGAGUGGCAGAGAGAAAUGAUUAAUCGUCUUCAAGCAUGGCUAUCUGACAUUCCUCGGGUCGCGGGCAUGGAGUCAAUCGCGAGAAUCUGUGAGACAAAGUAUCACGAAAUGAUGAUCCUUCUCCUACGGCCCAGUCCCGGAAUACCUGAGCCCUCGGAAGAGCUACUUUCCCUUUGUUUCCAACACGCCGUAGAUCUCCUCCGUGGCUUCGGUGAGCUCUACCGGCAAGAGGCGCUCUUGUACAGUCGACUCAUUGUCCACUCAAUCUUCUUGGGUACCAUUAUAAUGCUUCAUUGCCUCUGUAGGCUCCCACGGAUAUCUUCUCAGGUGCAGAUUGAUGAUGUGGUCGCGGAUACAUGCACCAGCAUGAAUAUACUCAGCAGCAUUGGGGAAUACUGGACGGAAGCCAAGCGGGCAAGGGAUUGCAUUCAGGAAUUAUCAAAUGCUACGAUCCAGCGCUUGAUCAAGAAUCGUGAAUUGGAGAGUACCACGAAUGCAAGGAAAACAGACGAUAGUUCCAUACCUACGAGUGGUAGGAAUACUCGGAGUCAAAACACGAACGACACAGUAGAUGCCUUGGACACGGUGGAUUCGGCUAUUGAUCUUGCUCCAACUAUGAACUCAAUAGAUGACUUCAAUCUCAACCUUGACUCAACGAGUUGGUUGGAUGAUUCGACGUCUGGUGGGUUUAUGGAUUUUACGGGUGUUCCAGAUUUCGAUAGCUUGAUGUGGCAAGUUUUCAACAGCACAUAG